CGACUCGAUCUGACACAUUUGCUCAUAACUAAAGGCAUUGGCAAUCGCCUGUUUCUAGCUCCAGUUGACUUGAAUAGGUCAGCAAGGGUUUUAGAUAUCGGUACAGGGACAGGUAUAUGUGGGUAUUAUGUUCAGUCUUCCUUUGUGUCGAUUCAUGCUUACAGAAAUAGGGGCCAUUUGCGUCGGUGAAGAGUAUCCUAGUGCUGAAAUUAUCGGAAACGAUUUGAGUGCUAUCCAACCCACAUGGGUUCCCCCAAACGUCAAGUUCGAGGUCGAUGACGUUGAGCAACCAUGGGUCCACGAUAAGUUUGACUACAUUUUUUCACGCUACAUGUCGACUUCCAUCCUGGACUGGCCAAAGCUAGUGGAGAACGUUUUUGAGCACCUUCAUCCUGGCGGCUGGGCCGAAUUUCAGGACUUUGACCUUCUCUACUAUUCAGAAGACGGCUCAAUCACGGACGAUCAUCACCUCCUGAAAUGGAUGAAACUAUUCAUCGAUACGGCAAGAACGAAGCUGAACCGCGAGCCCUGCCCAGGGCCAAGACUUGAAGGGUGGAUCAGGCAUGCUGGCUUCACGAAUGUUGUCCACCGAAAGUUCCGAUUGCCUCUAGGAUCAUGGCCCAAAGAUCCACAGUUGAAAGAUAUAGGCAUGUGUAAUAUCGCUCAACUCUUGGAAGGCCUAGAGGCUUUCUCUCUGAAGAUAUUCUGUGGAGUUCUGGGCAUGCCCAUGGACGAAGUCCUGGUGAUGUUGGCCCAGAUACGUCAGGAAUUGUAUGCUCGCAAGUACCAUGCUCUGUUUGAUUUCCAUGUUGUAUAUGGCCAGAAACCAUAAUUUCCAGUUGAGUCUCGACGGGAGCGACCGAAUACCGCCAUUACUCCUUAUGUCUCAAGCUACAAACCUAUUCCAGCAGGUUUGAGCUAAAAUGCGGUGUCAUGUUCUAAGUUAGCGAAUCACGUACACCCCAUACCCUACGAGAGACAACGAAAGCAUUCGUGCUGUUAGGACAUCAUGGAAAGGUCAUCACCGAGAUUCUCUACACCUGACUCUGCAAGGUCAUGUAGUGCUUACUCCAGAACGCAGA